AUGAAGGUCACGAUCAAGCAAUGGAACGCAGUGGCCACAUGGCGCUGGGACAUACCUGAGGAAGAUGUCUGCGGCAUCUGUCGAGUGCAGUUCGACGGCACCUGUCCGACCUGCAAGUAUCCCGGCGAUGAUUGCACGCUCCUGACUGGGAAAUGCGGACAUUCAUUCCAUAUGCACUGUCUCCUGACUUGGAUCGGGCAAGAAUCCUCUAAGCAGCUCUGCCCCAUGUGUAGACAAAGUAAGGAGCUUUUACUCUGCUGA